UGAACGCACGUUUUCGUCUGGUGGACUCUAUCGAACUUUGCGAUGUAAAUAAUAAUAAACUGUAUUAUAUAUUAUAUGAUAAUAUCAUACUAUGUGUGUUUAGUGUAAUGUGAUUGCUACGGAUAAAACUUUCAAUGCCCGUGAUAAACACGAAAGCGAUGUGGUCGCGGAAGCAGUCAGUGUGCAGCGCUGUCAGUGGCGCGUCGAAGGGUGACGAACAAGAUAUACAUCUGCCGACUGGUAUGCGGAUAUAUCCCUUCGCAAUUGCGUUGCGAGUUAGAGUUUUACAGAUAGUCUGCGGUAUCGGUGGCCUUGUUGUGGGAGCAGUUGGGUGGUUAGAAGAGCGACAGAAGCCUGAACUAGGACUUGGCGUGCCAGCUGGAGCCGUGACUGUUCUUGCUGCUGCGACGUCUGUGUACUACAGCCGAGGAUUCGGCGGUUGGGUGUCUGCUAAAUCAAGAACUACCAGAAAUUGGGGAACACCUUGGAGAGCCUUAGGCCCAUCACCAUGUGCUGCUAUCCCACUAACGUUAUUAUGGACUGUUGCGAUCACAGCUCAUGCAGCUAUGCUUGCUUUUUGCAUCAGGUCAUUAAUGAAUCUUGGAUGCAGUAGCAGAACUUGCAUAGGAGUAGCAGCAGCGCAGUUAACUGUGUCAAUAACUACGCUAGCAGCUGCCGUAUUUUUGUUUCAACUGGAUCUACGCUUUGAUGCUGCAUUUUCACCGCCACGGCCUUCCGAUGCGAACAUUUGCACAGCGGUAUCCAUGGUACCUUUAACCUCAGUGGCGAUCAACAGUGGGAAUAGCGGAGAUGGUGGCCCAGAGGGAAGUCCUCUCAGCAAGGAGAAAGUCCAGCCGCCGGAUCCUCCCACUUGAUGUAAUAACUUGAUGGACUCGUAAGGAUCUGUGAAUCGAUUGAACUCGAAGAUCUCCCAAAAUAUAAGUUUUAUAAUAAGAAAAAUAUGAAUAUACAUCAAUGUAAUUAAUUAACAAGUUAAGGAAUAACCUAGUCAAAGUUACUUUAAUUAUUAAUUUAUUUCUUAGAUUUUAAUAGGCUUAUAAACUGUAAAUAGUAUUUUUCCAAAAUAGUCUGUAUUUCCAAUUAAUUAAAGGUGUUCUCGGAAACCAUUGACAUAGUUUUUGUGUUUCUAUUUGUACCAGCAUUACAUGUUUGUGGUAAGUCGAAUAAAUAUGUUGCUUUUAGAUAAAUGAAAUGGUUAGUAAAUUAAACAAGCCAUAGCGACCAAUCCCAAAAGAGCCAAACUAACUACGCAAAAAGUGUUAUAGUCGUAUAGUGGACAUAUUCAUGCAAACACAUCUGAAUUCUCUAUUUCGUUAUCAUAGUCCGAUGAGAUGAAAGCCGAAGAGAGAUCAAAAGCAAACCAAACAACAUAACGUGCUCUCCAGCGAAGGCUUAGGGCUUAGUCAAGUCAAAGUGCAUUUGAUAAUUAUUGGCGAAGCGAAUUCGAACUUCGCUAUCGUCCAGAUUAUUCAUUACAAUACGUAAAUUGUCGACUGCAUGAUAAGUCGAAUACAUAUAUUAUUUAAAUGUAAUUUUGUGGGAUUUUCUGUCAGAGAAAACGAUAAUGGCUAUGUGACUUGGCUCACUGCUAAUGAGAAUUUCUUGAAAAAAAAAGAAGUUAUUAUAGAACCCGAAAUCUAGUGAUCUACUACUACUAUUGUUAUCAUAUAGUUAGUUUAAAUAA